AUGUUGUCACUCCUGGAACAGGGAUUUUUGGCUUACCUCCUGCCUCACUCCAACCCUUUCUUUAUUCACUUCCAUACUGGCCCAAUAGUUUCUGAACUACAAGGUUCAGACAAGCACCAUGUUGAGGCUUUGCAGAGAGCCGUGGAUCAACCAGGAUUCGUCAUUGGUGUUGCACAAGUGGAACACUUCGUCACUGGGAGGGGCCGCCACAAUCCAUUCAGAGGUGGGUCAUACUAUGGCAGCAAACGUAAAUGCUACAGGGGCCACAGUCAGGGCAGGCAGCGUGGUGGUUGCGACAUGCUCAACUUCAGGCUCGGGCUUGAUGAUGAAGAUGAGGACGAUGAAGAUUACGAUGUCAUGGCCAUAGACAAAGUCUACGAAUCGACCACAGCACUCUCCAAUUUCGUGUCACUGGAGGGGAGACUAUUACUUCCUGUAACAAAGAUACCUGUUCACCUCAGCACCUUAAUGCCAGACAACCCAUUCCCAUUCGAUGAUCUCGAGCCAGACAAAAAGGACUUCGGAUGCAUUGGCAUGAUUGAACAUCGCUACAAACAUACCAUACUCCUCAUUAUCCUGGAGAAAGAAAAGGAUGCCAUCUGCUAUGCUGCAGAGGACAUCGGGUAUGCACUGACCAGGCUCAAGGCGUCUACUGCCAUUCCACCAACCUCUGAAGAUAGGCUUUCGGCUUCGUGUGUCUCCGAGAAGAGCUCCAAUGGCUCUUCUUUGAGCAAAGAGCAGUCAAUCUCAAUGCUUGAUCUGGCGGUGAAGUGGAAGGAUGCUGAGAUGUGGAAGACAUUUGUGAAUGGUUGCGACUGUAUGUUGGAGGCAUUAGGGAAGGAACAGCUGCUCGACACCUUGAAGGAGUUUGGUUUUUCUAAUGUUUCCAUCAGUUUCCAGGAAAUUCUGGAUCGUUCUCACAGUGGUCAGGAUGCCAUCAACUUCAUCAGGCAGCUUCCAAACAUUGACGAUAUUCCAAAAAUUCUUGACUUUAUCAACAUUGUAGGCUUUAUGGUGUUCGCAAAUCUAAUGAUGCCCAAAUUGCUCAAGGCGCAUGCCAAUUAUGACUUCUGCGUUGCAUUUGCCAAAGCUCUUGUGGAAAGUAGGAGAGUCAUCACUGAACAUGAAGUCGCUCAUGCCGCAACAGUAGGAGAGCCUGUUGCCGUGGACAUGGCAUUUUGGCCAGCACCAGAACCAAAGGUGUACGGUCUCGUUACUGUCAUGCACGAGUCCAAAGUGUCUCUGCCCAUCAGGGCUGAGAGCCUCCAUCGUAUCACCAAAGUCAUCGAGUUGUGCAUCAUCACACACAACCUUGACAUCAGCACCUCGCUUCUCAACCAACUCACCUCAAUGCAAGGAUCAUUUGCAACGAAGCUUCAUCAUCUGCACCUCAAGCUUAUUCCACAUCUCAAGGAAUUCAUGAAAACCAAGAACGUCGCUAUAUCUGUGGAGCUGAUCGUCGGCUACCUUCAGGGAUUCAUUUCACAGUAA